UACCUUGGCAGUUCCUUCCUGAAGCCCUUCCUCUCACGAGCCCCACGCAAACGACAGGGCUUAUAUUCGGGCAAUUACGGGCGCUUUGGUCGCGCGGCUGCCACUGGGCAUGCCCAGUCCCGGGUCACGUGAUGUCUGUCAUGGCCGCCUCCGUGGCUCGGGGAGGCGUGAGUGCUGGGCAGCUGCUGCGGGCGGCCAGGGGAGCCUGGUGGAGCCGGCCCGGAGGCAGUUGGGGGUCUGGGGAGGCGGCGGCGCCAGCGACAGCCAGAGGAUUCCGAGCGACAGGCUCGCACCCGGCGGGGGAGGAGGAAGCUGGCGGCCCCGAGCGGCCCGGGGACGUGGUGAACGUGGUGUUCGUAGACCGGUCAGGCCAACGGAUUCCGGUGAGCGGCAGAGUGGGGGACAAUGUUCUCCACUUGGCCCAGCGCCAUGGAGUGGACCUGGAAGGGGCCUGUGAAGCUUCCCUGGCGUGCUCCACCUGCCAUGUGUACGUGAGCGAGGACCACCUGGACCUCCUGCCUCCUCCUGAUGAGCGGGAGGACGACAUGCUGGACAUGGCCCCCCUUCUUCAGGAGAACUCCCGGCUGGGCUGCCAGAUCGUGCUGACUCCCGAGCUGGAAGGGGCCGAAUUCACCCUGCCGAAGAUCACCAGGAACUUCUACGUGGACGGCCACGUCCCCAAGCCCCACUGACGCGGGCAGCCGUCGUGGCCCUCGGGGCCAGGACUGGAAGAGUAGCCAAGCCGCCCGCCCAGCCCAGAGCGUGGACAGGCCCGAGAGAGAUGUUGGGAGCAGCCAGAAGCCCAAAGCCCCUGCUUCAGAUCCCAUGUCCAGGCUCUGGGUGGGGGGUGGGAGGGGCACCAGCCCCUGCCCGGGAGCCUCCCCCAAACUCGGGAGAAUCAGUGUGUGGACGGGGUGGAAUCUGACUGGAAUGACAAUAAAACUGUCUCACAGAC